AAGCAUCUCAGCAGUAAAAAAAAAUGCUUCUCAAGACCGUAUCUUCUUCAGCUCUCUCGCUCGUGAGUUUCCAUGGCGGAAUCAUCAAGGACGUUUCUCCUUUGUUAUCCUCCUCCUCCUCGAACCUUCGAUUUUCGUCAGUCUCUGUUCGCGCAACUAAGGGAUCAACCACUGAGGCGUUAAGCGGCGUCGUUUUCCAGCCGUUUGAGGAGGUUAAGAAGGAGCUCGAGCUCGUUCCAACGAGCUCUCACGUCUCCCUCGCUCGUCAGAAAUACUCAGACGAGUGUGAAGCCGCUAUUAACGAGCAGAUUAAUGUGGAGUAUAAUCUGUCGUAUGUGUAUCAUGCGAUGUAUGCUUACUUCGAUAGGGAUAACGUCGCGCUCAAAGGUCUUGCCAAGUUUUUCAAGGAAUCGAGUGUGGAGGAAAGAGAGCAUGCUGAGAAGUUGAUGGAGUAUCAGAACAAACGUGGUGGGAAGGUUAAGUUACAGUCCAUUGUAGCGCCUCUCUCGGAGUUUGAACACGUUGAUAAAGGAGAUGCUCUCUAUGGCAUGGAGCUGGCUCUGUCACUGGAGAAAUUGGUUAACGAGAAGCUCUUAAACCUCCACAGUGUUGCUUCCAAGAACGGGGAUGUUCACUUGGCAGAUUUUAUUGAGAGCGAGUUUCUGACCGAGCAGGUGGAAGCAAUCAAGAAAAUCUCAGAGUAUGUAGCUCAACUAAGAAGAGUUGGCAAAGGACACGGGACAUGGCAUUUCAAUCAGAUGCUUCUGGAACAGUAAGCUACUUCAAGGUAUUAAGGUCGUGUGCACUCUUAUGGUGUAUGCUUUUAGCAAUGUAUCAACUCAACUAGUUUGUGAGUUAGUUCUGCAGCUUUUGUGAUGUAGACUGUUUUAUUUUGAUUUUGCAAGAGACAAGAGAUGUGACUUUGAAUUCAGUUGUAUGAAUGAGUUUUCCGAACCC